UCUCAUUCAGACCAACCGGUCCCAGACACAAGCUACAGAAGGGAGAUUCUCUCUGUAUCAUGACACCACUGCAAGAGUCUUCACUGUGACCAUCACUGGACUCAACGCUGAGGAUUCUGGGAAGUAUGAGUGUGGAGUUAAGAGAAACAUUUCUGAUAUCCGUAAUGAGCUUCAGGUGUUGGUUAAACAAUUGGAGAAUAUCAUUGGAUAUAAGGGCAAAUCUGUCUCCAUCACCUGCAAGUAUCACAGGAAGGAGACUGGAAGAGAUGAGAACAGGAAAUAUUUCUGCAAAGGACCAUCACCGUCAGAAUGUUUAAAUACUGGGGUCAAAGUUCAAACAGACAUGACAGUAGAAGACAGAUUCUCUCUGAGAGACGAGCCAACAUCUGGAGUCUUCACUGUGACCAUCACUGAUCUGAGAGCAGAGGAUGCUGGGAUAUACUGGUGUGCGGAAUGGAGUGAUAAUGUAGGAUACAUCAACACCACUGCAGUGAAGGUGGAGGUAGAGACAGAUGUUCAUCAAGCAACAACAAUGCUGCCAUUAGCAUCGACAACUUCCACUGAUAAGAAAUCUGACUAUGCUGGUCCUCCUGUCAUGUUGACCGUGUGUCUGGCCAUAGCAGUGCUGGUGCUUGGGAUUGCUGUCCUCAUAUGCAUCAAACACAGGAGAACGAGGACACAAGGUUUGGCCUGCACAUCAGUCAACAGCAGUUCCAGACAGGAUCGCCCAGUGGAUUGUGUUUAUGAAGAAGUGAAGGAUACUAGCCACCCCAUGAACCCAGAGGCUACUGUGUAUGCAAAUAUUCAAUUACCCACAAACCCCUCUGAUGGGCCCACCUACUCCACUCUCCAAUUACCCACAAACCCCUCUGAUGGGCCCACCUACUCCACUCUCCACUUACCCACAAACCCCUCUGAUGGGCCCACCUACUCCAUUGUGAGCUUCCACAAGAACCAGGAGGCAGCAGCAGAGGCAGACAUCACCUUCAGUAUGGAGCAGGACACCUGUGAAUACUCUUCUGUCAAACAUCCUACAAAGUAACUUGGUAUAGGCCUACUUUUAAAAUCACACCAAUACUGCUUGAUCUAUCAAUUACUUUAACUGAUAUCCCUAUUUUAUUGUAUUGCUAUGUACCACAUAUUAUUUGUUGCAGCUUCAUACUAACUAGAAUGAAAAAUAGUAAUGUGUAAUUGAUAUGGAGAUGCAUUUUUAGAGCUAUAGUUGGCUUGCUGUGAUUGACAGGAAUCUAAGAGCAGAAAGAGAGACAC